UCUGUGACAGACUUGGGCUUUCCUAGUGCCAGUAAUCAGAAGGUUACACAAGGGCGUUCAGCUCCAAGGCUCUGCUGAGGGAAAGCAGCAGGAGGUUCUGCUUUUCUCUCCAGUCCAGCUGCACCUGUGAAGCCGACUGUAUGCUUUGCACAGCAGCAGACACUCAUUGGUGCUCAGUAGCUGGCCCGGAGAGGAUCGCACUUGGGCCCCACCAUGAUGAAGCAGGGAUAGUGCAGGAACAGCCUGGCUAGGAGGUGAACCUGAGCCCUUCCGAGGAGCCCACAAGUGCAGGCACACUCCAGCUACACAGGACUGAACUCACAGAGAGCCUGGACACAGGGAAACUUCAAGUCUCCUGGUUCCUCUUUCUGUUCUUCCAGUUGGCUCCUGGCCUGGUCAGUCACAGAUAACUGAGCAGCAGGACAAAGCCGAGGAGGAAAAUGCAGCUUGAGGUGCAGCUUGCUGAUGCUCCAACAGCUGAGAACUGGGACACCUCCAUGCCAUCCUGCUUUGGAGCCAACUGAGUACGGACUGAAACCUCCAAAAACUAGACGCAGAUUCUUCUCCCCAACUCUCAGUCCAGCCCAGCACCACACACUGUCUACCGCAGCGGAGAGGGUCGCCCUCCAGGGUCAUCAGUUGCUCUGAUCAGCCGCAACAAUGAGUGACCUACGCUUGCUCUCGACUGAUGCACUGAGCAGAGGGCUUUGGUGCUUGGUGAUUCUAACCAUGCCCAUAUAUUUCACAGCAGCGAAAGUGUCCUCUUCAUCAUCGAGCCUGGAAAACGAAGCUUUGAUUGUGAAAUGUCCGGUUGGCAGAACUUCCCCUCUCCCCAGGGAAUGGUAUUACCCGAAAACAAACCGAAGCAUCCCCACCCAGAGUAGUAACAGAGUCUUCACCUCAGAGGGGAGGCUGAAGUUUCUCCCUGCCAAAGUGGAAGACUCUGGAGUUUAUACUUGUGUCAUCAGAAGUCCCAGCAGGAAUAUGACUGGCUAUGUGAAUGUCACCAUCUAUAAAAGGCCCACAGAUUGCCACGUUCCAGAUGAUGUGAAGUACGCUACAGUCACUGUAUCAGAAAAAAAUCCCAGAAUAUAUUGUCCCAACAUGUACCCCUACAAUUGGACCGCACCUCUUCAGUGGUUUAAGAACUGUAAAGCUCUUCAAGGACCAAGGUACACGGUACACAGGUCGCAUUUGUUUAUCCAUAACUUGGGACCUGAUGACGAAGGUGAUUACACGUGUAGAUUUACACACAAUGAGAACGGAGUCCACUAUAAUGUGACAGCCACCAUGUCGCUGGUUGUUAAAGAUAAUCCAGGGAAAUCUAUGCUUCCAGUGAUCACAGCGCCUUCGCAGAACGAAACAAAGGAAGUGGAGAUGGGGGAGGCAGUGAACAUCACCUGUGUGGCCUGCUACGGGACAGGGCCGCAGUCCUUCAUGUUCCUCCUGUGGCAGGUGAACAGGACUAAUGUCAACGACAUGGGGGUAGCAAGAUUUCAAGAGGAGCAAGAGGAAAUUCAAAGCAAUGAUAUGACCUGUCUCAGGGCCGUGUUGAAAAUCACUGAAGUGAAGGAAGAAGAUUUGUCCCUGGAAUACAGCUGUGUGGCUUUGAAUUUGGAUGGGUUGAGACGGCGCGCUGUGAGGCUGAUAAAGAAAAAGCCAAUUGAUCGUGGAAACAUCUACUACAUAGCUGCAGGAUGUAGUGCUCUGCUGAUGCUAAUCAGUAUUGUGGUGAUAGUCCUGAAAGUGUUCUGGAUUGAUCUGAGUCUACUCUGGAGAGACAUGGCCAGACCUUACAAAACACGGAACGAUGGAAAGCUCUAUGAUGCUUAUGUUGUAUAUCCGAGGGACUACACAGGCGGUUCCGAGGGACCCAGCUCUAUGGAGUACUUUGUCCACAAGAUGCUGCCCAGUGUUCUUGAAAAUAAAUGUGGAUACAGCUUAUGCAUUUACGGGAGAGAUCUGCUCCCUGGAGAAGACGUGGCCACUGCGGUGGAGUCCAGCAUCCGAAAGAGCAGGCGCCACCUGUUUGUCCUGACGCCGCACGCAUCACACAGCAAGGAGUUCGCCUAUGAGCAGGAGGUGGCCCUGCACUGUGCCCUCAUCCAGGGCGACUCCAAGGUGAUUCUGAUUGAGAUGGAGGCAGAGGCUGAGCCCAGAGGACUGCAGGCUGCAGGGCUUCAAGACGUCCUCAGCCACCUUGUGCAGGCGCAGGGCACCAUCAAGUGGAGGGAAGACCACAUGGCCAACAAGCAGUCCCUGAACUCCAAGUUCUGGAAGCAUGUGAGGUACCAAAUGCCAACGCCAAGCAGACCCCCCCAAAGAGGCUCCCGGUGAGGUCUCCCUGUGCAGGAACAGCAGUGAUGCUCCUUCGGGUUGCUAUGGCAUCAGCGACUGGCAGCUCUAAGUGCGCAGAGAGGGUUAGUGACUGGCACCAGGUACUGGGGACCAUGGGAGUAGGCAAGUGGAGGUUACUGGACUCCUGUGCUAUCUAGGGACUUGGCUUCCCUCUUCCUGACUCUGGUGGAUACACAAGUCCUGAAAUGUUCGCUCUCAACUCUCUUGCUUUCAUUUGCUGUAUUUCGCGGUGACCUGGGGUCUCCAUGCAGUGCCGGUAUUCUUUCUCGCUUUCUCUCUCUCUUUCUCCUCCUUAUACCCUCUCACCCUCCCCACCCGCUCCGUUUUGGGGGAGCAGCAGAUUGACCCCAGGGCAUCUGCAUGCUAGGCAGGUGCUCUACCUAGCUGCCCCCUAGCUUACCUGAGCUGAACCCAGCUCUGCUCUCCUCUUCUAUUUCUCCUCAUCCCACAUCAAUAAUCCACAUGUGGAUGGCAAACAAAACCUUCUGGAGUUACAUCUUGAUCUCAUCUCAGAGAAUAUCCUGAUUCCCAAGGGCAGAGAAUCACUAUUAUAAAACACAGUCCCGGAAUGCCAUUAUUUCCUGCUACGUUUAUUUGUUAGUUGCUCGGUUUAAUCAUCUCAAAAUUUCCAAUUGUGUUAAGACACCUGAUCCAAAUUAUGACUAAAACUAGUUUUUCUGCUCUAAAGUUUCUCUUAUAUAGUUUUAUUCCAAAGAAAAUAUUAUUUUCUCACUAUAAAGUUGACAAGGGCCUAUUACAGAAGAGCAGAAAUUAUAAAGGAAAAGAAUAAAAAUCGUUCUUAAAGGCACCAUCUUAAGACUACUGUUGCUACAUUGUCCUCUAUUUUUAAAAUUUUAUUUUUCAUUUUAUUAUUUGCGGUGUUGCAGGUGGAGCCCAGGAUCCAGCACACACUAGCUCCACGCUUUUACCGUUGAGCUACGUCCCCAUUUUCGUGCUGUAGCACUUCUAAGUGCUCAGUGGUGAGGGCUACAUUGUUUCAAGAAAUGAUCUCAAUUUAAAAAAUGCGUCUUUUUUAAAGUAAAAAGUUAAAAAUCAUUUAUAUAGAUAGGAUUACACCAUAUUAUGUGGCACAGCUUAAAUAUAAAGCCCCUACCCAAGGCUCAUACCUGGAGGGUGCUAAUAUCAUUGAGGAGUUUGUAGCCUGAUGGGUGUUAGGAGCCGGGGCCUAAUCAGAAGCGCCAGGUCAGCAGGACAGUCCUUUGAAGGGCGUAUCUUGGCCUGGCUCCGUGAUGCAGAACCGUUUAGAGCCUUCGGUAGUAAGAAGCAGCCUGCAGUGGCACACGUUCUGUAGGCUCACCCCCACUGGCCUAGCUCCUUUCCUGAUGCUGACUCUUCCUUUCCCUUUGCUGUCCUCUGCCACGAGGUGACGUUUCCUCCCACCCUGCCCUUCCACUGUGAGCAUUCUGCUUCACCACAGGCGCCAUGCAAACGGAGCCCACUGACCAUUGGCUGCAACUUGUGAAACCCCGAGCCGAAAUAAGCCUUUCCUCUUUUAAAUUUUGUAGGUCACAUAUUUUGUACCAGCAACAGAGAGUGAAUUUUAUGUUUUCUACCUAAAAUCAUAAUAAAAAUUAUUGGCAUGUCAUUGAAUUUUUUAAAUUUUAAAAAUAUUCACAAUGUUCCAUUUCAUGGCUGCGCUACAUUGGAUGGAACUGAAAAAGCCUUCAUUAUAAAUAAUUAUGUCAUUAUAAAUAAUUCUACCCUACUGUUAUAUCGUACACCUCUCAAUGAAAAUGUUGAUUAAAAAGUUUGAGACUA